AUGGCUGCUGACGACGAACUACUGCUCCCGCUGCCACCCGGGCUGUUGGAAACCGGCAAACAGGGUCUGGACGAAGUAGAAGUAGCGACUGAACCCGCCGGUUCCCGGACAGUCCAGGAGAAGGUGUUCAAGGGCCUGGACCUCCUUGAUAAGGCUGCCGAAAUGUUACCGCCGCUCAAGUUCAGCCGAAAUGAAGAUUUGGAAGAGAUUGCUUCCACCGACCUGAAGUGCCUGUUGGUGCCAGCGUUUCAAGGAGCCCUCACCAUGAAACAAGUCAACCCCAGCAAGCGUCUAGAUCAUUUGCAGCGGGCUGGAGAACACUUUAUAAACUACUUAACUCAGUGUCAUUGCUAUCAUGUGGCAGAGUUUGAGCUCAAAGCCAAGAGCAACUCAGCUGAAAAUCACACUGCUAAUUCCUCCGUGGCUUAUCCUAGCCUCGUUGCUAUGGCAUCUCAAAGACAGGAUAAAGAAGAGAGAUACAAGCAGAAGAAGGAGUUGGAACAUAGGUUGUCUGAAAUGAAAUCUGCUGUGGAAAGUGGUCAAGCAGAUGAUGAGCGUCUUUGUAAAUAUUAUCUUCUUUACCUUCAGAGGUGGAUUGAUAUCAUCUUUGAAGAGAUUAAGAGCAUUGACCAGGAAAUUAAGAUCCUGAGAGAAAGAGACUCUUCAAGAGAGGCAUCAACUUCUAACUCAUCUCACCAGAAGCCUCCAGUGAAACCCUUCAUUCUCACUCAGAAUACUGCCCAAAUCAAAGUGUUUGGAGCAGGUUAUCCAAGUCUGGCAACUAUGAUGGUGAGUGACUGGUAUGAGCAACAUCGGAAAUAUGGAGAAUUACCAGAUCAGGAAAUAGCCAAGGCAACACCAGAGAAAUUCAGAAAAGCAGCUCAGCAACAGGAACAUCAAGAAGAAAAGGAGAACGAGCAUGAUGAACAAACACUCUACAGAGCUCGGGAGUGGGAUGACUGGAAGGACACCCAUCCUUGGGGCAACCACCAGAACAUGGGCUGCAGGGUGCACACCUCCCCCACCAAGGAAAGCCAGGCAGUCCUCCCCUCCCUGGGUUCACACUUCAGCUGUGUACAACGAAGGCAAAGAUGCUAA